AUGAAUGGAACAAAGGAUAAAGUAUGCAAAUUAAGGGAGAGUUUGUAUGGUUUGAAGCAAGCUUCAAGGCAAUGGAAUAUUGAACUCAAAUCAUUUUUGAUAGAAAAUGGUUUCAAGCAGUGCAGAAGAGAUUACUCCUUGUUUUUGAGGACAGAAAAUGGUAAAACUUGUAUCAUCUUAGUGUAUGUUGAUGAUUUGAUUAUCACUGGUGAUGAUGAAGAAACAAUUGCUUCCAUGAAAAGCAAACUGGAUAGUGCCUUUACUAUAAAGGAUUUGGGAUUCUUGAGGUAUUUUUUGGGAAUUGAUAUAGCUAGAGGUGAAGGAGGUACAAUGAUCAACCAAAGAAAAUAUGCUCUGGACAUUGUCAGAGAUAGUGGAAUGGAAGGAUGUACACCAUGUACGUUUCCUUUUCCAAAGGGAGUUAAGUUAUCAACAGAAACAGGAGAAUUGCUUGAGGAUCCUGAGAGUUAUAGAAGAUUGGUGGGAAGGCUGCUAUAUUUGAACAUGUCAAGACCUGAUUUGUUCUUCUCAGUUCAACAACUAAGUCAGUAUUUGAGUUGUCCUAGAAAGCCACAUAUGCAGGCUGCUCUGCAUGUUGUGAAAUACAUUAAAGGAACGGUUGAUCUAGGAUUAUUUUAUCCUAGUAACACUGAUCAUACAUUGUCAGCCUAUAGUGAUGCAGACUGGGGAAGUUGUAUAUUUAGUGGAAGAUCUUUGACUGGAUUUUGUGUAUUCUUGGGAGGUGCUUUGGUUUCGUGGAAAACGAAGAAGAAAAAGGUAGUCUCAAAAUCAUCUUGUGAAGCAGAGUUUCGAAGUAUGUCACAAACCACAAGUGAGAUAGCAUGGAUAGUUGGUUUAUUUGAAGAUUUGGGACAGGAUUUUCCUCUUCCUGUCACCUUAUUUUGUGAUAAUAAAUCAGCAGAGUAUAUUGCACAUAAUCCAGCACUCCAUGACAGAACAAAGCAUCUCAAAUUAGACUGCUAUUAUAUUCGAGAUAAUAUUGAAGAUGGUACCAUUACUACCUGUCAUGUUAAAUCUUCUCUUCAGUUGGCUGACAUUCUCACUAAAUCCCUUCCUGCACAUCAACAUUGGUUUAUAUCGUCCAAGUUAGGACUUGCUACUUUGUCCCAAGUCCAACUUGAAGGGGGGGGGGGGGUGUAG